CAUGUGUUAAAAUGGUUCAUAAUUUUAUUUUCUAUUUUUAGCAUAAUUGUAAAUAAUCUAAUGAUAAGAGUGUAUAAUAUUAAAAUUUAUAACGAUGUUAACUUCAAAAACAUUCUAUCGGAAAACCAAAGGUGGAAAUAUUCACAAGGUUAUCAAAGAACAUUAUUUGAGAGAUGAUAUUUGGUGUGGCUCAGAAGCAUGUGAGAGAUGUGGACGUAGAAAGAAAGAAAUUUUACUUGACGAGGAAAAUCCUGGAGCAAAAAGCACAUUGUAUUCUUGUCAUUACUAUUUAGUUUUUGACACAAAUAUAGUUCUGAAUCAAAUUGAUAUUUUAGAAGAAAAUACACUAUGUAAUGUGAUUAUUCCUCAAACAGUACUAGAAGAAGUACGUCACAGAAGUUCAAAUGUGUAUAAGAAGCUUAAAGAAAUCAUUGGUGAUCCUCAGAGAAAAUUUUUUGUUUUUGUUAAUGAACACCACAAGGAUACUUAUGUGGAACGCAAGCCUGGAGAAAUUAUGAAUGAUAGGAACGAUAGAGCCAUUCGAACUGUUGCCAAAUGGUACAAUUCACACUUUAGUGCUCAAAAAAUUAAUAUUAAAACUAUACUUUUAACUGAAGAUGAAGAGAAUAAAAGGAAAGCUACUGAAGAAGGAAUUCCUGUGGCAACAACUCAAGAAUAUAUUGCAUCACUAGAAAAUGCAGGUUUCCUUCUGGAUAAACUUUCCAAAAAAAGCUACAUAUUGGAUGGUGAAGGUCGCAAUCCACUUUUUUCUCCUCAUUUAUCACCAUCUCAAUUACACGAAGGCAUAAAAAAUGAAAAGUACCUUCAAGGCUCAUUCUUGGCAUCGAGAGAAAAUUUUUUAGAAGGAAGCGUCAAUUGUGAGAGUGUCGAGAAAUUUAUAUUGGUGCAAGGACGAGAAAGUCUAAACCGAGCGAUUGACGGUGACACAGUUGCAGUCGAACUCCUUCCAGAAGACCAAUGGUCAGCACCUAGUGACAUUAUUCUUCAAGACGAUACCGAAAAUGAUCCUGGCGACGUUCUCGAUGAUGAGAAAAUACUGACUGAGAGUAAACCAGCUACAUCAGUAGAAAAAACACCAACUGGAAGGAUUGUUGGUAUUAUCAAAAGAAAGUGGAGGCAGUACUGUGGUAUACUGCAACCUAAUGAACUCAAAGAAAAUACGCGUCAUCUAUUCGUGCCAGCUGAGCGUAAAAUUCCAAAAGUGUGCAUAGAGACACGUCAAGCCGAAACAUUGAAAACGCAACGAAUAAUCGUGGCAAUCGACUCGUGGCCACGCAAUUCUCGUUAUCCGCUCGGUCACUUCGUUCGAGCAUUAGGUAACAUCGGUGAUAAGGAUACAGAGAACGAAGUUUUGUUGCUGGAACACGACGUGCCACACAGCCGAUUCUCCGAUGAAGUGUUGAGUUUUCUGCCAAGGUUGCCUUGGGUUAUCACGGAAGCGGACGUUGCACAAAGAACUGAUCUCCGUCACAUCGACGUAUGUUCUGUUGACCCUCCUGGCUGCACGGAUAUCGACGAUGCACUACAUUGCCGUGAUCUGGAAAACGGCAACCUCGAGGUCGGUGUACACAUUGCCGAUGUCACGCACUUUAUUCGACCUGGCACUGCGCUCGAUAAGGAAGCUGCCCUUCGAGCUACUACUGUUUAUCUUGUUGAUAAGAGGAUCGACAUGGUUCCUGAAUUGCUGAGUUCGAAUUUGUGUUCGUUGAGAGGAGGAGAAGAACGUUUUGCAUUCUCGUGCGUCUGGGAAGUCGACCACGAUGCAAAUAUCAUCGAGACGAACUUCUUCAAGUCAAUCAUCAAGUCUCGAGCUGCUAUGACUUACGAAGAGGCUCAAUUGAAAAUCGAUGACAAGACGCAACACGAUGCUUUAGCUAUUAGUCUGAGGCACUUGAACACUUUAGCAAAGAAAUUAAAGAAACGACGCCUGGAGAAUGGUGCGCUAGUUCUUGCAUCGCCUGAAAUUCGUUUUCAAGUAGAUAGCGAAACUCACGAUCCAAUCGAAGUAGUCGCCAAACAGAUGCGCGAGACAAACUCCAUGGUCGAAGAAUUUAUGUUACUAGCCAACAUCUCCGUAGCUAAAAAGAUUCUCGAAGAGUUUCCAGAGUGCGCGGUACUACGUCGUCAUCCUGAACCGCCACAAGUGAACUUUGACCCAUUAAUCAAAGCUGGCAGGCAUCAAGGUUUCGAGAUAGAUACAAGUUGUGGUAAAGAGUUGGCUAAAUCAUUGGAAGCUGCAGUCAAAGAAGACAAUCCAUACUUCAACACGAUGUUGAAAAUCCUUGCCACCAGGUGCAUGAUGCAAGCUGUGUAUUUUAUCAGCGGAAUGGUGCAGGAAGAGGAAUUCUUCCACUACGGACUCGCGUGUCCGAUCUACACACAUUUCACAUCUCCGAUUCGAAGAUACGCGGAUGUAAUGGUCCACCGAUUGCUAGCCGUUUGCGUGGGUGCCGAUGCCACUUAUCCAGAUCUACUUGAUAAGAAGAAGACCCACGCACUCUGUCACAAUCUUAAUUAUAGAAAUAGGAUGGCACAAUAUGCCGGCAGAGCAUCUGUCGCAUUAAAUACUCAUCUGUUCUUUAGGAAUAGAAUUCAAGAAGAAGAGGGCUACAUCCUAUUCGUGCGUAAGAACGCAUUACAAAUUCUCAUUCCUAAAUUCGGCUUGGAAGGUACGCUGUAUCUGAGUAAAAAGGGCGAAACGUCAACAGUGACAUUCAUCUACGACGAAGAGGAACACACGCAAAAAUACGGUGACAUUAUUUUCCGUUCGUUCGACCAGGUGAUCGUACAGUUGAGUCUUGACAGAUCGAACGUGCAACAUGAGAAAUUGGUAUUUAAACUGGUGAAGCCGGAGAUCCCAGGCUUCAGUAUUCCGUCAGCAGCAUCGUCGAGCGAGGUUGUUACCACGGAGACUCCAAGCGAAAAGGAGGCAACGUCGAUGGAAGUUGUCAAAGACGACGUCGCUCUGAAGAAGAGAGACAGAGUGGAGCCCGAGAUGAUGAGCAAGGCCAGAAAGAAGAAAAAAAAGACGAAAUACUGA